AACGACACAGUGGAUAGUGCCGAAGAAGAGAGAGAGUUUAGUGUACGGUUGUUGCUUACUACCAUGAGUAAUAAACGCAGUGUUUACACUUUCGAUGAUUACAAAUGUUCACCCGAUCCGGUAUUCACAGUGGAGAGGGAAUGCCUGGAGCCAUGUCCGGCGCCGAUAGUAGUAGAUAACGGCUCGUUCCAAUGUCGCGCGGGUUGGGCGUGUGGUGUUUCUCAGUUGGAUCAGCCGCGGCUCGUGUUCAGGUCAGUAGCGGCGCGCAGCAGAGGAGCCGCUCGCAAUGGCGCGCACGUGGGAAAUGACAUCCCCAACCUCGAGCCGCUGCGCUGGACUUUCAAGAGCGCGUUCGACCGCAACUUGGUGGUUAAUUUUGACAUACAGGAGCUCAUCUUUGACUACGUUUUCAUGCACCUCGGAAUAAACACCCAGGGUCAUGUGGAUCAUCCUGUGGUCAUUACCGAGCCACCCUGUAACCCUCUUCACUGCAGACAGAUGAUGUCUGAGCUUCUCUUUGAGUGUUAUGGAGUACCACGGGUGGCUUAUGGUGUGGACAGUUUAUACAGCUUCUAUUAUAACAAUCUCAGUGAUGGAGCAGAUCUGGCCUCUACAGGACUUGUCGUGUCAUCAGGGUAUCACUGCUCCCAUGUGCUGCCCAUCAUCAACGGCAGGCUGGAUGCUUCAAAUUGUAAGCGUGUGAAUUUGGGUGGAGGUCAGGCUGCAGCAUACCUUCAGAGACUGCUGCAGCUGAAAUACCCAGCAAACCAGACUGCCAUCACACUGAGCCGGAUGGAGGAGCUGCUGCAUCAGCACAGCUACGUUGCACAAGACUAUCAGCAUGAGCUGGAGAAGUGGCGAAGUCCGAACUUUUAUGAGAGGGAAGUUCACCGUGUGCAGCUGCCAUUUUCAGGGCGGGCAGCUGGCGUUUGUGUGAGCCUCGAGGAGAGGAAUGAGAGGAAAGCGCAACAGCUCCGACGUCUACAGGAAAUCAACACUCGCCGGAGAGAAGAGAAAUUACAAGAAGACCAGAAACGACUGGAAAUGCUUCUGUCUGUGCAGGAGCUGCUGGAGGAUGGCUCUCUGGAACUAUUUCACAGAAGUCUGGUGGAGCUCAACAUGGACUCAGCGGAGGAGCUUCAAUCUUACAUCCAUAAACUCAGCAUGAGUGUGGAACAGAACAGACUCAUGAAGACUGAGCCUGCAGAGGUGGAUCAACCUGCAGAAGAUGGGAGUGAAAUGGUAUCAGAUUUAAAUCAGGAAAAUGAUGAGCCAGAAAAAACUACCAGUGCUAUUCAGCCAUUGUUUAACAAGGCAGAGUAUCAUCAGCUGUUCAUGGGCACAGAGCGUCUGCGUGUGCCAGAGAUCUUAUUCCAGCCAUCUUUAAUUGGAGACGAGCAGAUGGGCCUGAUGGAGACAAUGCAGUUUGUUCUGGAACAGUACCCGCCUGAACAGCAGGAGGCACUUGUGAAGAAUGUGUUUUUAACUGGAGGAAACCUGCAGUACCCGGGACUAAAAGAAAGAGUGCAGAGAGACCUGCUCGCAAUCAGACCCUUCCAGUCACAUUUUAAGGUGUCUCUGGCAAGACGGCCAGCUCUGGACGCUUGGUUUGGGGCAUGUGAAUGGGCGUUAAAGAACCCUGCUGAAGCUCAGGGCUGGAUCAGCCGUCAUGAUUAUGAGGAGAACGGAGGGGAAUAUCUUAAAGAGCACUGUGCCUCAAACAUCUUCAUACCUAUGAAGCUCAAUAAACCAUUAGCCAUAAAACAAACACUCAUGGGAAAAUGCUUGACAGACAUGAGCCUUCCUGACACCACCAGCAAUGACAAGGACAGUGAUAUUACCCUGUCCUAGUUUAAAAUGUUGUCAGGAUUAACAGAGACUUCUAACAGUUUGGACCUUUGAUGCUUCAUGGCAUUUUUGUAGCCAUCAACACUUUUGUACAGUUGACAUGUAUAUUUGACAAUGUUGUUUAGUGUGAGAGAGUGUCUGUGUUUUUACUGGUGUAUAAAGAGAAUUUUGCAUUUACAAACUAUCAAAGCAAUGAGCAGCAGAAAUAAUUUCAUUUUUCAAUUUGUCUGGACAAUGUACACAUGCUGUUCUGAGAUCAGGGUGUGUACGAUCAUGAAAAACCUGGAAAAGUCAUAGAAUUUUUAAACGAUAUUUUCUAAAACUUUCUGGGUUGAUUUAUUUUUCCUAAAAUCUAUAUUACAUUGUGGGAAUGCGCAAAGGCUAUGUCUCAUACUCAUUCUCACAGCCUUUGACUUGAAAGUGAUGGAUGUUCAAACGUAAUCCGUAGCUUAGGGCAGGGCUAUUCAGUUGUCUUCAGGCUUGAGGGAAGAGUAUACGCAGGUCGCACUAAUUAAGGCACUAAUUAGUAAUUAAUUUGUCUAAAAGUUGGCAAAACUGGUCCUUACUGUUGUUUUGCAACCAUUAAAGAAAAGGAUGACAGACACAACAACAAUCUGCCGGAGACCUCGACAUCAGUAAAUGGCUGCGCUAACAAGUUAAUUUUCAUUACUUUAAGCUAACAAGAUAAUUAUCAUAUGUAGUCUGAAAAACUGCGUUCGGGUGUAUUCAGGUCUUUUCCCAAAACGGUGUAGGCGUACUACUGUUUCGAGUUCAAUUUUGUGUGCAAUGGCAAAAUUAUAUUUUGAUUUGGGUUUUUUUUAAGUUAAUUUUGGUAACAUUUGGAGCAUUUCUGUUCUUUAAAUAUGUGUAUUGUUUUAGUUUUUUAAAAAACAGUUUUAAAAGGCACACGGUGAGCUGAUGCCUUGUUGAAUCAUCACUGCUUGCCUUGCCUAAAAUAAAAUCUGUAGAUUAAACAGUAUAAACAUACCAUCACACAUUUAUUAUUACGUUGAAACAUUUUUAUAUACGAUGGUAAUAUCUGCAGGACAGAGGCACCAGCGCAAUCACUUGCAUUUUUUUCAGUGGAAACAAAUAGCCUUUGCUGUCAUUUUUUUCAGAUGAAUACUACAUUAAUUGGAAAUGUAAAUUGUCUACUUUUAUUUGUGCGCAAUCACAAUAUUCAUAAAAUAAAACAAAGAUGCACUUUCAGGAAGAACAGGAGCUCUUCACAAAAAACAACCAAUAAUAACAUCAUAUAUCUAUAGAAAGCUAGAUUUUC